AUGGUAUGUGUUGUUCUUAGAGCUAAUCCUCCAUUUGAUGUUUUUGAAGGGCUUAUUAAACGUUUAUGGGGAAAACUUGGUAUUGAGAGGGUUGCUAGAAUGAAUGCGGGUUAUACUAUUGUCAAGUUUCAUGAUGUAUCUACUCGUGAUAUGGUGUUGGAAUCUGGGGUUGUCCAUUUUGAUAGGAAACCUGUCCUUUUGAGACCUUGGUCGACUGACUUAGAUACUCUGAGGUUUGUGAAAUCAGUUCCUGUUUGGAUCAGAUUACCUGAUCUUGGACUCCAAUAUUGGAGUACAAAAUGUUUGAGUGCUCUUGUUAGUACCAUAGGAAAACAUAUGAUGAUUGAUAAGGCGAUAGAGUUUGAAUGGAUGCCUUCCCGAUGUUCGCACUGUAAAAGUUUUGGACAUCUUGGUUCCAGCUGUAAACGUGACCAAGGGUCUAUUUGGAGGAAAAAGGAGACAAAGCCCGGGUUGGGGAAUGUGGAGGCUGAGAGUAAUCAAGCAACUACAUCUACCGUGUCUGAAAUUUUUCCAAAGGAUCCUCAUGAUCUAGUGAUUGGAACUGAAAUGGACCACACAAAAAAAAGUGGGAGGACUAACAAGUACAAUGUCUUGCAGGAGAGUCAAAUGGAGGUCACAAAGAAGGGUCAACAAGAGAUCAAUGGUUUUAAUGGAAGGGUGCAACGUGCUUUUCUAGAAACCAAAUUGAGGGGAAAUAAGAUUGAGGAAAUGAUGAGGUCUGUUUUUGUGGGUUGGGACUGUUUCAAUAGUCCGGUUGUUGAGGGUAGGAUAUUAAUGGUUUGGAAAACUAGUCAAGUCUCUCUUAGUAUUCUCCAGGAAGUUGAACAAUAUGUUCAUUGUUGUGUGAAGAUUAAGGGCAUUACUCAGAAGUUUUGUUUGUCUCUCGUUUAUGGCAGGAAUUCGGUGGAAGAAAGGAAAAGUCUCUGGACUCAGCUAUCUUCGCUUGAGUUCCCAGUGCAUCCUUGGUUAGAAGUUGGGGAUUUUAAUGCAGUUUUUGACUAUGAUGAUCAAAUUGGAGGUCAUCCUGUUACUGAGAUGGAAUUGGAAGAUGGUCAUCAUUGGAGGGUCUGUACUAUGGUGGAUGAGUUUCGAUCGAUUGGUUCCCAUUAUACCAGGUCUAAUAAGCAAGUGGAAGGAGCCAGAAUUUUCUCUAAAUUGGAUAGGGUUUUCAAAAAUGAAGCAUGCAUUGAUACUUUUCCUGACUCUGAGGCUCGAUUUAACUGGGAUGUCAUCUCUGACCAUUGCUACUACAUUAUAAAAACUAUUCCAGUUCAGAUUUUUUUUGGGAUUAAGAUGAAAGCGAAAAAGGCAGUCAACACCUGCAGAUGGAGGGAAAGUAAGGGGGCGGCUCUUGGUCCAAUGCUUGGGGAAUAUAGUGAUGGAGAAAUCCUAUGA